AUGGCAGCAACAAAUUAUGUUGUUACAGUUCAACGACCUACACAAGUAACAGCACUUGCAACAGGCUAUUUUACAUCAUCAACUGAAUUAAAUUUAAUUGUUGCUAAAAAUACACAUUUUGAAAUAUAUAUUAUUGGUUCUGAAGGUCUUAAAUUAGUCAAAGAUGUUUGUCUUUAUGGACGAAUUAAUAUACUCAAAUGUUUUCGUUUAAGUAAUAUGAACAAAGAUGUUUUAUUUAUUUUUACGAAUAAAUAUCAUGGAAUGAUAUUAGACUGUCGAAAAACAGAAAAUGAUCAAUAUGAAAUAUUAACAAAAUGUCAUGGUUUAUUAAAGGAUACUGGUCGACCUUCCAUUCGACAGCCAUUAUGUACAAUUGACACAAAACAUGGUCUUAUCUUAUUACGUAUAUUAGAAGGAGUUAUUAAACUUAUUUAUCUAAAAGAUUUAUCGUCUAAAGAGUCUUCAUCAAAAAAUCUUGAAGCUUAUAAUAUUAAAAUUGAUGAACAAAAUAUAAUUGAUAUUCAAUUUUUACCUGGUCAUCAAAGACCGGCAUUUAUAAUUUUACAUUCAUGUAAACCUGAAUCAUAUUACGUUAUUGGUAAAGAACCAGAAGAAUAUAAUUUACAUACAUAUGAAAUUGAAAUAACAGAACACAUAAUAUCUCGAUUAAGUUGGAAAGAAAAAAUCACAAAAUCUGAAGCAUCAUUUCUUAUCCCAUUUGGACAAAAUGAAUUCAGUUGUAUUGUUAUCGGUCGAAAUUCUAUUGGAAUAUAUAAAGAAAAUGAACAAAGAUUAGAAAUUGAAUCACCUUUACUUGAAGAAACAACAUCUUUAAUAAGUUAUUGUCCAAUUGAUGAUGGCCAUCGAUAUUUAGUAACUGAUGAUUGUGGUAAACUUUAUUUACUUAUACUUGAAUCUGAUAAACAUAAUGGAAAUUUAUCAACAACAAUUACUGAUCGAAAAUUGAAUCUACUUGGUGAAAUAUCAAUUAGUGGAUAUAUAAUUUAUUUAGAUAAUAGUGUUGCUUUUGUUGGUUCCAAUUUUGGUGAUAGUCAACUUAUUCGACUUCUUCCAGAGCCACAAAAUGGUAGUCAUUUAGAAAUACUUGAAUCGUAUACAAAUCUUGCACCUAUUCUUGAUAUGUGUCUUAUUGAUCUUGAACGACAAGAUCGACAAUUAGUAGCAUGUUCAGGACUUGCAAAAGAUGCAUCAUUACGUUUUAUUCGAACUGGUAUUGGAAUUCAUGAACAUGCAUCAAUUGAUUUACGAAAUAUUAAAGGAAUUUGGGCAUUAAAAAUUGAUAAUCAACAUGAUAAUCAUCUUGUUGUUGCAUUCUUUGAUCAAACAAGAUUAUUUCAUUUACAACAUGAUGAAAUCGAAGAAAUUGAAUUACCAGCAUUUGAUUUUCAACAUCAAACAUUAUUUUGUACUAAUGUUACAUCUAAUCAAUAUUUACAAAUAACAACCUAUUCAAUACGUUUAAUUGGUAAUCAUGGUCAAGAUUUACUUAUUGAAUGGAAAAAUGAAAAUAAUGAAAUAACAGUUGCUUCAUCAAAUCAAACACAAUGUGUAUGUGCUAUUGGAAAUAAAUUAUUUUAUUUUGAAAUUGGUCCAGCAAGUUUAAAAGAAAUUAAUAAAUGUCAAUUACCACAUAAUAUUGCUUGCUUAGACAUAACACCAUUAAAUUCUCGAGAUGAACGAACUGAUCUUUGUGUUAUUGGUCUUUGGACACAAAUAUCUGUUUGGAUAUGUCGAUUACCAACACUUGAUAUUCUACAUAAAGAGUUAUUAACAUCAGACACAUUACCACGAUCAGUUGCAAUGAUAACAUUUGAUGGUCAACCCUAUGUAUUUGUUUCAUUAGCUGAUGGUCCUAUUGUUUAUUAUUUACUUGAUAUUGAACGAGGUUUAUUAUAUGAAAGAAAAAAAGUUCCAUUAGGUACAAAACCCACAACAUUAACUAUUUGUCAACAUACAGAUUUAUCUUCAACAAUAAAUAAUUCACGUACUGUAUUAUUUGCUUGUAGUGAUCAUCCAUCAGUAAUAUCAUCAACAAAUAAUAAACUUGUUUUUUCAUCUGUUAAUUUACGUGAAAUUGUUUGUAUGUGUUCAUUUAAUUCAGAAUAUUAUGGACCAAGUUUAACGUUAGUUACUGAUAUGGGUGUUAUACUUGGUCGUAUUGAUGAUAUACAAAAGUUACAUGUACGUUCAUUAGUAUUGGGUGAAUCAGUAAAACGUAUUGCUUAUAUGGAUGAAGAAAAAAUUUAUAUUAUUUUAACACAAUAUAUGAAUUCAUAUCAAACAGAUACAAUUGUACCUAUUAGUAAACAAGCAUAUCAAAAAAUUGAUUGUACAACAAAGAUAGAAAAAAUAAAGGUUUUGACAGAACAACAACAAGAAGAAAAUGAUGUUUGUAAUUCAAUUGUUGUUCUUGAUCAACAUACACAUGAAGCUCAUGCAUCUGUUAAACUAUUGAAUAAUGAAGAAGCAAUUAGUUUAUGUGUAUUAACAUUUGCUGAUGAUCCUUCAAUACCAUAUAUUGCUGUUGGUACAACAAUCAUAUGUAAUGAUGAAGAUGAUCCAAAAUAUGGUCGAAUAAUUUUAUUUCGUUAUAAAAAUGGUCAUAUGAAUAUGAUUUCAGAAAAAGAAUUGAAUGAAGUACCACUUAAAAUGUUACCAUUUCAUGGCAAAUUACUGGUUUCAAUUGGCAAUGGAAUUCGAUUGUAUACAUUUUCAUUAGAAAAUCAUGAAUUAAUACAAUUAUCACAAACAUCUACAGAGUCUGUUGAAUGUUUAGAAUUAAAAGUUAAAGAUGAUUUUAUUUUAACUGGUGAUUUAAUGAGAUCAUUAACAAUUUUUCGUUAUAAUAUUGAUGAAAACAAAUUUGAAAAUAUUGCACAUGAUCCUCAUCCACAAUGGACAAUAGCAUGUGAAUUUAUUGAUGAUGAUGCAUUUGUAUGUGCAGAAGAUGGAGGAAAUUUAAUAUCAUGUCAUAAAAAUAGUGGUUCAACAAAAGAACAAGAAAGAAAUAUAUUAAAUGAACUUGGAUCAUAUCAUGUAGGAGAAGAAAUUAAUUUAUUUCGCCGUGGUUGUCUUGUUACACAACAAACAGCUGAAUCGACAAUUAUCCUUGAAACAUGUAUUUUAAUGGGUGCUGUAUCUGGCUAUAUUGGUCUUCUUCUUCAAUUACCACCAACAUUAUAUAAAUUACUUAUGUCAUUACAAUUAAAAUUAGCUGAAUAUGUUCCAAGUGUUGGUAAAAUCGAUCAUAGUACAUGGCGUUCAUUUGAUUCAGACGGACGUUCAAAUGUUUCAAAUGGUUUUAUUGAUGGUGACCUUAUUGAAACAUAUCUUGAUUUACCAAAAACUGUUCAACAGGAGCUUAUUAAAGAUUUACAUGGAGAAAAUAACGUUUCAUUGAAUACAACUGUUGAAGAGCUAGUCAAAACAAUUGAAGAACUUUCACGAAUACAUUGA